AGGCAGUGUCAAAGGGCCGUAGAACAACAAGAGACCAAGUGGUAUCAAAAAUCGGGUUCUUCAGCGUAGAACCGAUGAAGUCGCGUGCUUUACUAGUCUAGCUUCGUUUUGGAGGUCAAAGAUGUGGUCGUUGUUCUCGGUUUGGUUGGUCGUAGUUUUAGGACCACCUCGUCCCACACUCUUCUACCAUGCUUCAACGCACAGCGCCUUGCGGGACGUCGAUCAGGAGUGCCUCCUCCUCCCUGCUAGCACACCACGACCGAGCAGAAGCCUCGUCGGGGCGUUUGCGACCGAGGUUUUUCCACCCGCCUCUUCGGGCGACGACGCUAGUACAACUACUAGCACAGGUCGCGUGGAACUACAAGGCGUGUUGAAAAGAGACGAGGCUUCUGUUUUGCAGCAAUUGAGGCAAUUGAUCCAUCCCUGCACCGCGCUCGGAAUACCAAUUUCCGGGUCGGCGAAGCCAGACACCCCAACUGCCUGCAAGAACUACGCGGCAGGAGCUCCUGCACGAGAAUUCUCUUCUCCCCCGCCGUUGGCAUCAAUGGCACCGCCGUCGUCGUUCUGGCACCAAACCGGAAAUAAAAAUCGGAUCGCGAAGCACUUUCGGGUCCCGGAUGUGGUCCGGCACCGGGCGAUAUGCAGUGCAAAAGUAUCGUGCUCGUAUAAAUGCAUUACAAAUUUCCUCAGCGUGAGAAAUGAAAUUUAUAACGCGGUGCGAAGAUCUUGUAAACAGCUACCACGAUGUUACUGCGAACAACUAGACUCUACAAGUCUACUGGUAUCGUGUCCGGAUACCAAUCGGGGGAAGGUUUUUAUUCUUCGUAAACAGCACCUGAUAGAAAAGAAAACGCAUGUUGUCCUCAAGAAGUUUUUCUUCUUCUUCUUCUUUUUCUUUCUUUUCUUUCCUUUUCUCUUUCUUUCAAAUCACGAGGCUACCGAGGUUCUAAGUACGAGAGCAUCCGAAGUAGGUCGAGCUUGUUGUAGGAGUACGAUAAGCAAACAGCGUAGAACCAUACCGAGAGUGUUUUACCACUCCCGAUUUACCUACAAGAAAAAGACUUGUAUAUGCAUGAUUGCAAUACGAGUGCGAUACUUUUGCACAGGAUACGCGACCAGCUUGGAACUCAAUACCGCUCAGGUGGACGCCUCUCUCUUCUCGAACCUGACGGCGGCAAACAGUUUUGAGAAAGGGAUCCCUCGGGACAGCGAGUUUUCGGGCGGAAUGUUGGCGCUGGAUCGGGAAAACGGCCUCGCGGGUACCGAGCAGAUUCGACUUUCAAACGGCUACGAGAACCCGGACCGGACAUAAUAUCCAGCUGAGGAACAAAUUCUAUUUUUCCACAUAACUAUUUGUCUGAAAUGCAAAAAAUGGAAAUGCCAAAUCGUGUAUUAUGCAUGAAAAAUGCGGGCGGAGACGAAUAAAACGAAAGUACAAGAACGAAAGGAUACUACUUGUUUAUAGGAAUUCAUUCCCACCCCCGCUGACCGCUGGUAUUUUUAAAGGUUUUAUGGGAAAAAAAGAUUUUCCCCCCUGGAUCCGCCCCAGUGCCUCUUCACGGCUAGCGAGAAAGCCAAGCCUGCGGUAAUACAGUGAAAAGUGCCCCCCACCCCUGAAAUUGCAAAAAUUUGUGAUGCGAGGUUUCCAAAUGAAAACUUUUUGUCAUGUAUGAAAGGAGUAUGAAUCUUUCUGAUGCAGAGUCUAGGCGCGUAUCGCAUCGCUUGCAUCACAACCGUCGCUCUUGCUGGGGUCUUUUGCAAUACAAAUUUUUUCUAUUCACGAUUGGAAACAUGUGAUGCUGAUAGAUGCAAGAGGGCGAGUGUUUCAUUUGGAAAGGUUUGCAAUACAAAUGCUUCCAAGUUCGGAGGUGGGGGCGUUCUUCAUUGUGAUAUGCGGUAAUCCGGCGGAAGAAGUGCCCCGCGUUCCACGGUGCAGGGUCAAAGAAGGGUGGGUUUUUUCCCAUGCGCAAACUCCGGGAAUUCCACCAGUGCUUCACGUUUCAUUUGCACUUGAAAACGAAGAUAGAAGUAGUGGAACCUAGCAGUAGACCACCGGGCAGCACAACUAUACCUGGUCCUGCUUCUAUCGGAGGGGCUACACGUACACAGCAGGUCGCUGUACCGGAGCCGGUCGUAGGAGGUGGUGGGACAGCUCCUUUUUCCGCUGGUCAGAGCACUGCAUCUCCUCCUCUACCUGUAGCAACGAGGACAACAAGUAGCGAUAUUAUUUCCACAAGCACCGCCGUACCGCCACCGCCGUCUGCUUCAUCGAAGAAAAUUGUUGGACUGGAGCAAGGAAAUUCAAAUUCAAAUUCGUCUCCUCCUGGCCCACCUACCGAGAAAAGUAGCAGCUCGGGGGUCAUCCUCACCUCCCAUGCAGCACCUGCUAAUCAUGUUGUAGCAGAGAAGCGCGAACGUCGUCGCAGGCAUGAUCAGCCAAACAGAAUAAAAACGACAAUUAUCAUCGCACGGAGCUUGCGUGGCUUCAGUACAGAUGUAGUUUAUUCGGGUACCUCCGACCUGGAAAUAACUACAUCUACGGUAAUUACAGAAACGAACACCGUUGUAGGCGCUCCACAACAACAAAAAUCGACGGGGGGCUCCUACCUGUCCAAGUUUGCAGAAACUUCGCUCGGAAAGCUCUUCGUCUGCACUCUUGUCCUCUCCUGCAGCUUAUUCCGCUCGGUUUUGUUGCAAAACGCCAUGGAGGAGGAGGGCAGUAGAAGUAAUGCUUUUGCUGGGUCGACGAGCGGGCACAGACGCCGCGCCUCGGAAGAAGAUGAGGAAGAGAUGAACUAUAGUACCACUCGACCGCAUCUCCAUCUGCGCAGGAGGCAGCUCUCUGGUACUUCCAAUCCAGCUCCUGCACCAGCGAGCAAUUUUCCGGCGACGGCCUCACAGCAGCUGCAUCUUCCCGUGAUCGGACAGCCACGCAUCUCUGUGAAAGCGGCUGCCGGUCCAAAGCACAUCGUGUUGCCGAGUUCAUCUGCUUUGUCUUACGUAAGAAAACAACUUCCAGGCGGUGGGGCUCAUCUUCCCGCGGUUUCAGUACAACUCACGCAACGGCAUCAAGACAGUACCACGAGGGCGCCGUCGGAACAGCUCCAACCAAAGAGCAAGGCGAAGCCGAGCCUGCCCGCGGCUCCUGGGGGAAUGUUUGUUCCGCGGCCUAAAGUGGUGGAGACGAUUGGUGCACCACCACCCAGCAAAGCUGUAGGUCAUGUUGUACCUACUGCACCGAGACCCGGACCAGCGGCUGCAGCUCCUCCGCCAGGUAAAAAACCCGCUUCUCGCAAUUUACAGCCGACCAGCGCUACUUCGGCAGAAGGGCAAGACGACAAUAACAGCGACGAGUGGACCAUCCUAGACGUGCUUGCAAGCUUCCAAGCCGCGCCUAUUUCCAAAGAGCUGCGCAGCUUCAUGCAGGCGGGUGCGAACAUUGUCAAAUCGGCGAUCUUACCGCAGGAACUACCGGAGAUGCAGUUUGAGCCCGAGAGCAAGGGCGCCACACCUGAUACAGCGCCUUUGGCUUUGCACCGCGAUCCAGUAUCAAAGACUCUCAUUCCGCUGGCACAACUGUUACCGGAGGUAGUUGUGGGGAACAAGGAAGUGAAUAAAGAACAAGUACACUUAGCACCAGCAGACACCAGCAUCUCGCGCCCAGUUCUGGCGACAACAUCAAAGCCUCCCAAUCCUCCCGUUCUGCGCUGGGGGCUUGCGCUACCCUACCGCAACACGACUAGCCACGACGAUGACAUAGGGGAGGCCUUUUCGCUGUCCCUUGCUCGGGCGGUUUCUUUCGCGGAAAGGAAGCGGGAAGCCGCAUUUGAUAUCUUGCUGAUGGGUAUGGAUUGUAAAAGUUUCUCGUACUACGUACCAGUCGCAUGACAAAUUUACUUAUUUUAUGUUCUCAAGAAGAAGAUAGAAGAAGAAGAUAAAAGGACUUGGGCAUCGACACAGUGGAUUCAGGUAGCAAAGAAUCAGAUAUUUUAUCAUAUGCGUCGUGAUUGAAAUUGAUGCGAUCGCGAUGUUGAGUACGAGUUUACUACGGUUUUUUUUGCAGUGGAUACUGGGCAGCUAUGCGAAGGACUUACUGCGGAUUUGGACCACGAGGUUUUCGGAGCUGUUUGAAACAUAUCCUGUGCAAAAGUAUCGUAUUCGUAUUGCAAUCAUGCAUUACAAAUCUUUUUGUUGAGUCAAAUCCGCAUUACAAAUUUUAUUUCUCAUGCUGAGGUGGAAAUUUGUAAUGCAUUUAUAUGAGUAUGAUACUUUUGCAGGGUAUAAAACCACGACGAGAAAUAAUUCCCCCGAAGGGACGACGAGGGCCCAGGCCACUGCAAAUUCCGGCGAAGACCUAAGAACAGCACGCGACGAGGGCAAAAGAACAUCGUCCGAAAUAAAUUAUGACCUGUUCCAACACCGCCACGUCUUUUUGUGCAGCGAGUUGAGCGAGCCAGACCAGCUGGAUUUCAUGGGCCGCGUGUUUUUCACCAAACCUUGCGGCCUGGUGUCUUCCGGCGCGGGAACGCGGUUGGCCUUCGCGUUUGAUUUUUUGUUUAAAGUCCGGAAGUAUGAACUGCAAAUUUGUCUGGGUCUGGAAGAGUGGAACUUGUAAUGCUGUCUGCGGAUUCUAAAAAUAUCUGUGUUGCCUGAGCACCAAGAGGAGUCCGUUCUUGGCACGCGAAGAGGGCAUUUCUCAUGCGUAAUUAGCAUCAAAAAGCUUGCAAAAAAUCUGUGAUGCUAGCACCAGCAUCACAGACGAGACCUCACGGGUCAUGCAAAAUGUGCAUGCCAAGCCCCGACUCGUCCAGACCCAGACACUUUUGCAGUUGAUAGGAAGGUCGACUUGGUGGCGAAUUUUGACGCGGACUUGCUUGUCCAGGUGGACUAUCACGUGCAAAUAUCAUCGACCUGGAUCGAUCUGGAAGGAUGCAGCUUGUCAUGCGAAGUCUCGACCCCAAUAAAAUUUGUGUUGCAUGACGAGGAACGCCAGAAGUCCUUGCCUACUUCUACUUGCCAUGCAAAGCUCGGAUCAUUUCCCAUGCUGGACAGGGAAACGGAAGGUCUCGCAGAAUCUGCGAAGAUCAUGCUUCUGUGUACAUUUAUUUUCUAGAGCAUUGAUGUCGUGGGUCGUGGUCCGCGAGAUGCAUGGCAAAUCUUAUGCACUUUUCCAGAUGGUUGGAGAUCGAUAAACUUUUUGCACUGCAUACGGACUUUUUCAACUUUGCGGCGAAGCUAUACGGGAUGACGCGGAACACGAUCACACUUUACUCGGGCUUCAAAUCCUGGUUCUUCGGGACUCCCUACGGCGCAAAUUACUUUUUCAACGAGAGAACUUACGACAAGGUCUUUCGGCUGGCCACGCUCUAUUACCGUGAAAAAUGCCCCCACCCCAAAGUUGCAAUAAUUUGUGAUGCGAAGUUUCCAAAUGAAAACUUUCUGUCAUGCAUGACAGGAAUAUGAAUCUUUGUGAUGCAGAGUCUAGGCGUAUAUAGCAUCGCUUGCGUGACAAGUGCCGCUCUUGCUGGGAUCUGUUGCAAUGCAAAUCUUCGCUAUUCACGAUUGGAAAUCUGUGAUGCUGCUAGAUGCAAGAGGGCGUGCGUUUCUGUUGGAAAGGUUUGCAAUACAAAUGCUCCCAAGUUCGGGGGUAGGGGCGUUUUUCAUUGUGAUACGCUCCGCAUGUGCUUCAACAGCACGACCGGGGUCUUCUGGCAAGACCAAGGCUGUUAUCCGCGGCAAAUAUGUCUGAGUCGGGAAGAUGCGAUAUUUGUCAUGCUUGUCUGGCAUGACUCUGGCCUCUGUGUUGCGUAGGGCCAUCGGAACAGCUCCUCUCGCGUGUCAUGCAAAAACGCUGUUUCUCAUGCCAUGCGGAAUUAUACCCGACACAGAGCGACGGAAAAAUCUGUCAUGCCUGGCGGUGCAUUUUUUCAGAGUGCUUACAAUUCACUCACUUGCAUCACAACUUUCCAGACCCAGACGCAUUUGCAAUGCAUAGGUGCGGCAGAAAUUGGGACGAAUUCUUCGUGGACUCCAUGCUAGAUAUUGGCAGUCCCACCGGGCGCACCACUGGGCAGAAGAAGAAGGAUCCGAAGGCAAAAGCCCCUCCAGAGCCCAAGAAGGAGGCUUUGGAAGUUCUCGAUCCGAAGGCCAAACAGCUCCUCGACGAGAAGGCGCACCUGCUGGCCGUCGAUCGCGGGCAGAUGUACGGGUUUUGCAUAUGAACUGCAAAAGUAUCGUACUAGUGGUAAUUGCAUUACAAAUUAGCCCAGCAUGACAAAUGCAAUUUGUCAUGCUGUUUUACCUUGGGAUGCAGAUUUGUCAUGCAUGACUGCGAUUACUACGAGCACAAUACUUUUGCACAGGAUAUUGCAAGCCGGAGAGCAACUCGGAUGUCUACCACAUGCGGUCUAUCCUGAGCAAAAACGUCCCCACCCCAGAGUUGUCAUGCAGAUUUGCAAUGACAGAAACAUCUACAUGAGAGGCAUUUCCAAUCGUGUUUGGGCAUUUGUAAUGCUGUAAACAGGAUAAGGAGAUGGGUUUGUGAUGCCACUGUCCUUGCUAACCUGCGCUACACUACAAAGACGAACUUGUCAUGCAUGGCUCCCAAAACUCCUGGAUUUGUGUUGCAGAGUUCGCAACUUGACUAUGGGGUGGGGACGUUUUUCCUCAGGAUACGGUCUGGCCGGUGCGCGGAGGCCGAGCACGGGUGUAUUCACGUGAACAACGAGGGCGCGGAGAGCUUCGGGCUGGACACCUUCAACGCCGCUUUAUUGGAAAUUCUGUACAAUGUAUAGCAAGAAAAAAGUUUUACAGUUACACAUUGUGUUGCGAAACAAGCAAGACAGGCAACCUUUGUCAUGGAGGAGGUGCUUGCAGCCUCAUUUCAUUCGUGUUUUCCCUUUUUAGUCUGCGCAUCACAGGUUUGUUUUGGCAUGUCGAGCAACUUUGUGAUGCAGAAACUCCAACAAAUGUCGUGUAACUGUAACACUUUUUCGUGGGAUAAAAUGGCGCGUACGACAAGGACGAAAAGUUGCUAAGAUUGGUAAAUGAGGAGAAGACGGGAAUAAAAAUGAGCAACACAGUUCAUCAGAACUACCACAUGAACGAUAAAAACAAGACCAACGAAUUAUCCCAGCAGCAACUACCUGAAACUCUUCACGAGUAUAUGAGCACGCGCGCGUGGCCGCGGGCCUUUCACUGGAGCGAGGAUGUGUGGGAGCUGAUGCCGGCCAAGGCGGGCGAUCUGCGAACGAUGAAACAGUGGGCCAGUCACCUGGACGGCGUGAGAAAGAUGCGCGUGAAGGCAAAACCACUCAUGCUAGUGGAGCCGAAUUAGAAGGAGGUAAGGCAUUUAAAAAUAUUCUAGCCCGGAUGCGUGGUCAGGCUCACGAACUACAGGAUACCGUGGUCCGUUUUGAUGCGUCUUCGUCUUUCGCAGUAAGCCAAAAUGCACGAGCUUUGGAACAAGUGGACUUUGCAGCGAUCGGUUUGCUGGUCUAUUUUGCAAUUAUGAUCAUGCGCAAUAACAGUGCUGUUUUGUUUCACUGAAUAACGUCAUCCACAACUACAAGAC